AUGAAGGCCUGGCCGUCAUACCUGCACCAAAGUUGGAAAGUCGAAGUCGCAGCAAGCAAUACGAGAAGGAGCCAGUUGAUGAUGAGGAGGUUGACAUCGAUUGGAUGGCCCAUCUUACAAGGAGAGCGGGUACAGAUGAAGGCAUUGAGUCAGAUCAGCUCUUGGCAGAGGUUCUACAACUUUCGGGACAUGGAUGUGAACGAGCAGCAGGUGCCCGGUCCAAGUCGCUGUUUUCGGCUCCGGAGGCCAGAGUCGAUGUGCCCCAUCCAUGUCGCAGCCAAGCACGGCCACGCGAAGAUCGUGAAAUCGCUUCUCAUGGCGCGAGCAGAUCCCAAGCGGAAGACAUCCCGGGGCCGCACGGCGCUUGAGAUCGCGCGGAAAGCAGAUGUGGAUGGCUCCCAUCGCGAGGCGGUGGAGGCUCUCGAGAUUGCCCAGGGGGCUGUCUCCCUCCGGCGAGCCAUUGAGAUCAUGGGCAGUUGA